AUGGGGUGUUUGAAGUCUCUGGCAGAGGUCGAACGAGUUCAGAAGCAGUUUGCAUUGUCCCUGUUGAAGAACCACGAAGCAACAAAAUCCUUGAAGCAUUUAAAGAGUCUCCACGUCUACUUGAUAAGAUCUGGGCUGCAGCAGAGCAAUUUUGCAAUAGGAAACUUCGUGGCACACUGCUCCCACGUAGGUGCAAUGAGUUACGCAAACCAAGUCUUCACUCAAAUGUUUGACCCCAACUCCUUCGUUUGGAACACCUUGAUCAGGGGAUUCCAACAAAACCUCGAACCCCAAAAGGCCCUUUUACUCUUCCGUUGUAUGAAAUUCCGAAACAUUCCACCCGAUUUUUUCACCUUCCCCUUCGUUAUCAGGGCUUGUGCGAGUUUGCAGGAUCUUCGUAAAGGACAAUGCAUCCAUGGGCAAUUGUUUAAAAUCUGCGUCGAUGCAGAUGUUUUCAUCGCGACGAGUUUAGUAGAUUUUUACGGAGCUCUUGGGCAUACGAGAGUGGCCCACAAGGUGUUCGAUGAAAUGCCUGUUAAAGAUGCAGUGUCUUGGACUACCAUCUUGGCCACUUAUGUAAACCAAUGUGGUGAUAUGAAUAUAGCCCAACAACUCUUUUGUAAAAUGCCGGUGAAGGAUCUUGUAGCCUGGAAUACCAUGAUUGGAGGCUUUGUGAAAAUUGGGGACAUGAGACUUGCCAAGGCACUAUUUGAUCAAGCACCUGUCAAGGAUUUAUUAAUGUACAAUACACUGUUAGGGGGCUAUGCAAAACAUGGUGAAGCUGAAGUCAUGCUACGGUUUUUUGAUGAGAUGCCUGAGAGGGAUGUGGUGUCUUGGAAUUCAGUCAUUGGGGGCCUUGUCCAGAGUAAGAAGAUUAAUCAAACUAUGGCAUUAUUUCACCAAAUGCAAAUAGAAGAUCUGAAGCCUAAUGAGGUGACACUUGUGGGGGUUCUUUCUGCUUGUGCUCAAGUAGGAGCAUUGGAUACUGGGAGGUGGAUUCAUUCCUAUAUUGACAGGAAUGGUUUUGGCUUAAAUCUCUUGGUUGGGACAGCCUUAGUUGACAUGUAUUCCAAAUGUGGGUCUCUAGAGGGCGCACAACAUGUUUUUGAACGAAUGUUGGAGAAAGAUGUUGUGGCCUGGAAUGCAAUGAUCAUGGGAUUUUCUAUGAAUGGGCAAAGUAGAAAGGCAUUGGAGUUAUUCUAUCAAAUGCGAAGUGGAAAUUUGAUGCCCAAUGAAGUUACAAUGAUUGGAGUAUUAUGUGCAUGCACUCAUGCAGGAUUGGUAGAUGAAGGACAAAAAUGUUUCUAUGCUAUGCACCAUGAGUUUGGUAUUGCCUCCAAGAUUGAGCACUAUGGAUGCAUGGUUGACCUGCUUGGUCGUGCAGGCUUGUUGAAAGAAGCAUAUGAAUUCAUUGAAGCUAUGCCUCUCACUCCACACCCUGGGGUUUGGGGUGCCCUACUUGGUGCAUGUAAGAUGCAUGGCAAUGUUGAGCUUGCAGAACAUGCCAUCAAACACUUGAUUGAACUUGACCCUGAAGAUGGGGGUUACUUGGCAAUCAUGUCCAAUAUAUAUGCUAAUGCAGGAAGAUGGGGUGAUGUUGUGAAGGUGAGGGAGUUGAUGAAAGAGAAGGGGUCCUCGAAACUACGUGGGUGUAGUUCCAUUGAGGUCAAUGGUGAGAUUCAUGAGUUUGGCGUCGAGGAGAAUAUCCACCCUCGAGCCAAGGAAAUUUACAAAAUGAUAGAUGAGAUGUCCGAGCAGUUGAGGAUCGCAGGUCACGUAGCCAGCACAAAUGAAGUGUUCUUUGAUGUGGAAGAGGAAGAGAAGGAUACAGCACUAUUUUUCCACAGUGAGAAGUUGGCAAUUGCCUUUGGACUUAUUGCCACUAACAAAGGGGUUACCCUACGCAUUGUGAAGAACUUGCGGGUCUGUGUUGAUUGUCACUCUGCCAUAAAGAUAAUUUCGAGGAUUUUUGACAGAGAGAUAGUGGUCAGGGAUCGAAGCCGAUUCCACCAUUUCAAGAAUGGUUCAUGUUCUUGCGGCGAUUAUUGGUGACUCCUUUUAACUCGUAUUCUCAUGAUAAUGGUGCAGAUGCCCUUCAAAUCAGCCAUUUGUAUUCAAAUCCUAUUCCCAUCAACGACUUCAAAUAUAAGAAGUAGA